AUGGAGAGUAAAAAAUUUCCCGGAGAUGGAGUAAUCACCGGACAAGGUACUAUAAAUGGUAGGCUAGUUUUUGUCUAUAGCCAAGAUUUUACAGUCUUAGGAGGUUCUUUAGGGGAAUAUCAUGCGAAGAAAAUAUGUAAUAUCCUUGAUGCCGCUUUGGCAGUGAGAGCACCAGUUAUUGGUAUAAAUGAUUCAGGAGGAGCAAGAAUUCAAGAAGGUGUUGAUGCAUUAGGAGGCUAUGGAGAGAUAUUUCAACGUAAUGUCAUUGCUUCCGGAAUUAUCCCGCAAAUUAGUUUAAUUAUGGGUCCCUGUGCAGGAGGAGCUGUAUAUUCUCCUGCUUUAACAGAUUUUAUAUUUAUGGUUAAGAAUAGCUCUUAUAUGUUUGUAACAGGGCCAGACGUAGUGAAAACAGUAACAGGAGAACCAGUUAUCCAAGAAAAACUAGGAGGCGCCCGUAUGCAUACUGCUAAAAGUGGGGUAGCUGAUUUUGCUUUUAAAAAUGAUAUAGAAGCUCUGUUGGAAACUAGAAGAUUUUUUAAUUUUUUACCCCUGUCGAAUUGUAGCCCCUCAUCAAAGCGCAAAACUGAAGAUCCCGCCGAUCGGGUUGAUAUGUCUUUAAAUACUUUGGUUCCCACUAUUCCAAAUAAACCUUAUGAUAUGAAGGAGCUAAUCGAACGCAUUAUUGAUGAAGGAGAAUUUUUUGAAUUACAGCCUGAAUUUGCUAGAAAUAUAAUUAUUGGCUUUGGGUAUAUGGAAGGAAGGUCUAUCGGAUUUAUUGCUAAUCAGCCAUUACAUUUAGCGGGAUGCUUAGAUAUCAAUGCUUCAAGAAAAGCUGCAAGAUUUAUACGUUUUUGUGAUGCCUUUAAUAUUCCAAUAGUAACGUUAGUUGAUGUGCCAGGCUUUUUGCCUGGCACUGACCAGGAGCAUGAUGGUAUUAUUAAGCACGGAGCAAAAUUGUUAUACGCUUAUGCUGAAGCAACUGUUCCUAAAAUCACUAUUAUUACUAGAAAAGCUUACGGUGGCGCCUAUAUCGUGAUGAAUUCCAAACAUUUACGAGGUGAUAUUAAUUACGCCUGGUAUAACUCUGAAAUUGCAGUACUUGGAGCAGAAGGGGCUGCAGAAAUAAUAUUUAAAGAGGAAUGUAAGGAUCCAGAAUUAAAAAAACAAAAAAUCCAGGAAUAUAAAAAUACUGUUACUUCUCCAUUUGUUGCCGCAUCAAGAGGUUAUUUGGAUGAUAUUAUAGAACCUCAAAACACCAGGUGGCGUAUAUGUAAAGCGUUAAAUAUUCUUCAAAAUAAAAAAGUACAAUUACCCUGGAAAAAGCAUGAUAACUUACCACUUUAA